AUGAGUAAGCCAGUGAAUGUAUAUUCUACACCAGAAGUAGCCAAAGUACUAGAUGAAGCGCUUCCAUCCGUUUUAGAAACUUUAAAUUAUAAAGAAUCAUUCAAACUGAUCGAUAUCAAGUUAAUUAUAGGUUAUUCAAUUGCUGCGGUUGCUGGAACAAGUUUCCUAUUGGAUAAGAAGUUGGGUCACAAGAAUGUUAUCGCAUAUCAAGAGAUAUUGGUAGCCUGUUAUUUCUUCUUAUCAGCUUUAUUAUGGUAUUUUAAAAAGUAUAUAGAGAAGUCAGUUACUUAUACUGGACAGCAUUCUCAAAAUGGUUCUAAAAUUGCCAUUAGUACAAGCUAUGAAGAAGCUGAACCUAAAUACUAUGUUACCUUUGUGAAAAAUGAUACAAAGGAUGAAGAGUUUAAGAGAGUUCUUGAAACAACAAAAGUGUUCAAUGAAGCCGGAUAUUUACAAACAAAACUGCUCCAUGACUGGUUCCAAGAACAAUUGGAUACUAUAGAAAUAAAGAAAGAUAAUUAA